ACUUGGGGCGUUCGUCCUCGGGGCUCGGAAUGUUCCCGGAACUCAAUAACCUUCUCAACACCACCCCUGACAGGGCGGAGCAGGGGAAAUUGACUCUACUGUGUGAUGCCAAGACAGAUGGCAGUUUCCUUGUGCACCACUUUCUCUCCUUCUACCUCAAAGCUAAUUGUAAAGUCUGCUUUGUGGCAUUCAUCCAGUCCUUCAGUCACUACAAUAUCGUGGCACAGAAGCUGGGUGUUAGCCUGACCACGGCACGGGAACGUGGGCAGCUUGUGUUCCUCGAGGGUCUCAAGUCCUCAGUGGACGUCUUCUUCAGGGCUCAGGAGGAGCCACACCCCUUGCAGUUUCUCAGGGAGGCCAACGCUGAGAACCUGCAGCCACUGUAUGAGUUUGUGCGAGAGGCCCUGAAGCCUGUGGACAAUGCGGAGGCUGCGUGGAGGUGCCCGGUGCUGCUGGUGGACGACCUCAGUGUGCUGCUGAGCCUGGGUGUGGGGGCAGUGGCCGUGCUGGACUUCAUCCACUACUGCAGAGCCACUGUGUGCUGCGAACUAAAGGGAAACAUAGUGGCACUUGUGCAUGACAGUGGAGACGCUGAGGACGAGGAGAACGACAUCCUGCUGAAUGGCCUUAGUCACCAGAGCCACCUGAUCCUGCGGGCCGAGGGCCUGGCCACUGGCUUCUGCAGGGAUGUUCAUGGGCAGCUGAGGAUCCUGUGGAGGAGACCAUCACAGCUCACAGCCCAGCGGGAUCGGAGCCUCACUUACCAGUACAAGAUACAGGACAAGAGUGUGUCCUUUUUCGCCAAAGGAAUGUCUCCUGCUGUUCUGUGACCUCACUUAGAGGCAGCUGCAGAUACCUUGACUAUUUUCAGAUGUGAAAGAUAAAGCAACCGAGUAGGAAUGGAUCUUUACACCUUUGUAGUAGUAUCUCAGGCUGGACUGGCAGCUCCGCGUGACCCAACGAUGGUCGAAUGGUGCUGUGACGGUAUGCCUUUGUUCCCCUGGGCCCUGCUCAGAAAACACGUGAGGACUCUGCAGCCCUGCCUCUGCUGAGAGACGCUGCAUGUGGAACCUGGGUGAAAAGGGGUCCUUUGGAGCCUUCCGUGUAGAUUUGCUUUAGCCCCAACUACCCGUU